UCAGACCGAGCUCAGUGUUCGUCUGACAGGUGUAGUGACAACUUGCGCCGCGUUCCCUUCCGUUAAACUUUUUUUUUUAACUUUGAGACAGUCGGCCCGAGGAGGCCAUAGGGCUGUACACACAAAAUGGGCCAUAUCAGAUGGAUUGUGCUCGGCCUGCAUCUCCUGAACGCGUGGACUGUCAGCUGCAAGGAAGAUAUCCCGGAGAGCUACAUCGAGAAACAGCGCUAUGAUGGCUGGUACAACAACCUCGCGCACCCUUCUUGGGGCUCCGUUGAGUCCCGUCUGACGCGGAAGACGCCGGCCAGCUACGCCGACGGCGUGUACAUGCUGGCGGGGCAGGACCGGCCGUCGCCCCGCACGCUGUCGCAGGCGCUGCUCAACGGGCGCGACGGCAUGGCCUCCGAGCGCAACCGCACCGCCAUGCUCGCCUUCUUCGAACAUCAUCAUGUACGAGUUCGUCCCUUCCUUCAUCGACGAGGAGAUCCCGCCCUACGACCGCUACCGCCCCGACGUACACCCAGGGAUCUCGCACGUCUUCCAGAGCGCCGCCUUCAGGUUCGGCCACACGCUGGUCCCCCCGGGGCUGUACCGACGCGACGCCGGAACGCACUGCCCGUUCAUCCGAUCCCAGACCGGCUACUCCGCCCUCCGCCUCUGCUCCACGUGGUGGGAUGCUGACGACGUGAUGGCCAACAGCACGGUGGAGCAGCUCCUCCGCGGCCUCGCCUCGCAGCUGGCCGAGAAGGAGGACCACGUGCUCUGCUCCGACGUCCGCAACAAGCUCUUCGGGCCGCUCGAGUUCUCCAGGAGGGACCUGGGAGCGCUGAACAUCAUGCGCGGUCGCGACAAUGGGCUCCCCGACUACAACACGGUGCGCAAGUGCUUCCACCUGGACGUGGUCGAGCGCUGGGAGGACAUCAACCCCGACCUUUACGCCGACCACCCAGACCUCCUCGAGAGCCUCCGCAGACUCUACAAGGGCGACCUCAUGAACGUCGACCUGUACGUCGGCGGGAUGCUGGAGUCGCAGGACGGGCCCGGCGAGCUCUUCAAGGCCAUUAUCAAGGAGCAGUUCCUCAGACUUAGGGAUGCCGACAGGUUCUGGUUCGAGAACGAGGAGAAUGGCCUCUUCGACGCCGACGAGAUCGCCGCCAUCCGCGAAGUGCGUCUCUGGGACAUCAUCGUGAACGCGUCGGGUGUGGCUCCCGAGGAGGUGCAGCGCAACGUGUUCUUCCACCUCGCCGACGACCCGUGUCCGCAGCCGGCGCAGCUCAACACCAGCGAGAUGGAGCCGUGUAUCUACAUGCAGGGAUAUGAUUAUUUCCAGGGCUCUGAAGUGACGUACAUCUACUCGUGCAUCCUCCUGGCCGCCGUGCCGCUCAUCUGUGCCGGCGCCGGCUACGCCACCGUCAAGUUCCAGAACUCCCGUAGGAGGCACUUCCGCACGCUGCAGGAGGAGAACAACAACGGCCGCAGCGUCGACAAGAUGAUGGUCAAGGAGUGGCUGCACCAGAACCACAAGCGCAUCGUGAAGGUGAAGUUCGGUCCGAACCAAGAGAUCUGCACCGUGAACCGCAAGGGCGAGAAGCUGCGGCGCGUGAACGUGGCUCACGUGGACACGCUGGUGGUGGAGAUCACGCAGGACCAGCGGCGGAAGCCCAUGGUGCUGCUGCGGCCACCGCUCGACCACGACCUCGUCCUGGAGUUCGACACGGAGGCGGCGCGCAACAAGUUCCUGAACAAGCUCGAGCAGUUCCUGAUGAGCCUGAAGAAGGCCCUGGAUAGGGUGCAGACCAACAAGGAGCAGAUGCUGGCCAACGCCGAGACGAAGGAGCGCCGCACGAAGCGCCUCGAGCACUUCUUCCGCGAGGCCUACGAGCUCACCUUCGGCCUCAAGCCCGGCGAGAAGCGCAAGCUCGAGGACGCCGCCAGCGACGUCGUUAUGGUAAUGCGGACGUCGCUGUCCAAGAAGGAAUUCGCCGGCGCGCUCGGCAUGAAGCCCGACGACAUCUUCGUGCGCCGCAUGUUCAACAUCGUCGACAAGGAUGGCGACGGACGCAUCUCCUUCCAGGAGUUCCUGGACACCGUCGUGCUCUUUAGCAAGGGCUCGACCGACGACAAGCUGCGCAUCAUCUUCGACAUGUGUGACAACGACCGAAACGGCGUCAUCGACAAGACCGAGCUCUCCGAGAUGCUCCGCUCGCUGGUGGAGAUCGCCAAGACGAACACAGUCAGCGACGAGGAGGUCGAGGAGCUGAUCAACGGCAUGUUCAGCUCGUCAGGCAUCAACCACAAGGAGUCGCUCACCUACGACGACUUCAAGCUGAUGAUGCGCGAGUACAAGGGAGACUUCAUCGCCAUCGGCCUCGACUGCAAGGGCGCCAAGCAGAACUUCCUCGACACGUCCACCAACGUUGCCAGCAAGAGGAUGGCAAGCUUCCACAUCUCCGAGGUCAUGAACAGGAACCAGCACUGGAUGAUGAAAAAGUACAAUUCGCUGGCCACAUUCCUGGAAGAGAACAGGCAGAACGUUUUCUACCUCUUCGUUUUCUACGUGAUCACCAUUGCUCUCUUCUGCGAGCGGUUCAUACACUACUCCUUCAUGGCGGAGCACACUGACCUGCGGCACAUCAUGGGCGUGGGCAUUGCCAUCACCAGAGGCGCCGCCGCUUCGCUGUCCUUCUGCUACUCCCUGCUUCUGCUCACCAUGUCCAGGAACCUCAUCACCAAGCUCAAGGACUUCAGUUUCCAGCAGUAUAUUCCCCUCGACUCGCACAUCCAGUUCCACAAGAUCGUUGCGUGCACGGCGCUGUUCUUCAGUAUUCUUCACAGCUGCGGCCACUUGGAAUUCUACCACGUGUCGACGCAGCCGGUGGAGAACCUCAGGUGUCUGACGCAGGAAAUCUCCUUCGCCUCCGACCAGAAGCCGACCGUGGGCUACUGGCUCUUCCAGACCAUCACAGGUCUGACUGGCGUGUCGCUGUUCAUUAUCAUGUGCAUCAUCUUCAUCUUCGCGCACCCGAUCAUACGAAGGAAAGCGUACAAGUUCUUCUGGGCUGCACAUCAGCUGUACAUCCUGCUGUAUAUCCUCAGUCUGCUGCACGGACUGGCUCGUCUCACGGGAGCACCCAGGUUCUGGAUCUUCUUCGUCGGCCCGGGCAUCAUCUACACUCUGGACAAGAUAAUCAGCCUUCGCACGCGUUAUAUGGAAUUGGACAUCAUUGAGACGGAAUUGCUGCCCUCGGAUGUGGUCAAGGUCAAGUACUACAGGCCCCCCAACUUCAAGUACCUGAGCGGCCAGUGGGUUCGCCUCAACUGCACCGCUUUCAGGCAGUCAGAAUACCAUUCCUUCACCCUGACCUCAGCGCCCCACGAGAAUUUCCUGUCAUGUCACAUCAAAGCCCAAGGACCGUGGACGUGGAAGCUCAGGAAGUUCUUCGACCCGCAUAAUUAUGUUCACGAUGAGGAGAACCCGCCCAAGAUCCGUCUGGAAGGCCCAUUCGGCGGCGGCAACCAGGACUGGUACAAGUUCGAGGUCGCGGUGAUGGUCGGUGGAGGCAUCGGCGUCACGCCCUACGCCUCCAUCCUCAACGAUCUCGUCUUCGGAACGUCGACCAACCGCUACUCGGGGGUUUCGUGUAAGAAGGUCUAUUUCCUAUGGAUCUGCCCGACGCACCGCCAGUUUGAAUGGUUCAUUGAUGUGCUGCGUGAUGUCGAGCGCAAAGAUGUCACUAACGUCUUAGAAAUGCACAUCUUCAUUACGCAGUUCUUCCAUAAGUUUGAUUUGAGAACGACUAUGCUGUAUAUUUGCGAGAACCACUUCCAGCGACUGAGCAAACGUAGCAUGUUCACUGGACUGAAAGCCAUCAAUCACUUCGGCCGGCCGGAUAUGACGUCCUUCCUGAAGUUUGUGCAAAAGACGCAUAACUAUGUCUCUAAAAUCGGCGUGUUCAGCUGCGGCCCGAACCCCCUCACGAAGAGCGUGAGCACGGCCUGCGAGAACGUGAACCGGGGCCGACGUCUGCCAUACUUUAUUCAUCACUUCGAAAACUUCGGCUAAACGUGUACAUAAGAGGUCUAUUUUGAUAUAUCUUGUCGUGUUAGAAAAAAAAUAAAUAACAGAGGAAUAAGAGAAAUGGAAGGUUGGGGAUCAAAAAAAAAAAAAAGAAAAAAAAAGGCAAAUCUUCGAAGCUUGUUUUCUAUACCGUGACACUUGUGUAUUGUUAUUCUUCAUUUGGCUGCCUCUUCUCUGUCUUGACUUCGCAGCUCUUCUUAUAGGCUGUUUCUCUCACACUCUCUCUCUCUCUCUCUCUCUCUCUCUCUCUCUCUCUCUCUCUCUCUCUCUCUCUCUCUCUCUCUCUCUCUCUCUCUCUCUCUCUCUCUCUCUC